UGGAAUUCUGCCAAUCUGGCUAAACCUCGAUUGGCUAGGGGCAUUGGUUAGCAAUUGGCUAACCUAGGCGCAUGUUAGCUUUAGAACUUCCCUGAACCGGAGUGCCGAGGUAAGGAGAGAAGGUGCGAACUACGCUUUUAAAUAAUAACCACCGGCGCCGGCGUCUCGUAACCCACUACAGCACUGCAGCACCUACUGUCGUACUACAGAGAUAUAGUCGCUCUGUCCUUUGUUCGUUAUUGCGUUUCUUGCUUUAGGUACCUAACCUACCAUUCAUUUCGUUGUCGUCUUUUAAAGGUACCUCACUAGUCAUUGUUAUUGAACCUCAACGUCAGGUCCUACGUUAAACGUACACAUUAUAUAUAACGUAUUAGGUUAGGUAGUUAUCGUCAAUUUACUUGCGGUAACACUUUUAUCGAUACAUGGUCCAACCAGCCAAGAAGUUCGCCUAAACACAGCAACCAUGAGCACCACCGAAAUCACCACAUCCGCGACCGCGGACCUGCCCUCGGGCGAUCCCGUACCAUCCGCCAUUCCUCUACCCGUAGCAAAGCCCAAGCCCUUCCCAAUUAAAGAAGUCAUCACAGCGGCGCCCUCGAACAUCGAUGCUUUUCUGGCCCAUCUCCAGCGGUGCUUGCAGACGCCCUCGGGCAUUGACACCACGCUGCUGUUCCUAUGCUACUCCUCGCGCUUCUCCGCCUCCAUCCUCGAACACCUGAGCCGCCCCGCCAUCCAGCGCAGCGCCCAGCAACUCCUCGCCCUCGCAGCUAGCCUGCCCCCCUCCGCCACCCUAGUAUUCACCGCCAAAGCGUUACCUGGCCGCGGGGCAGCCCUCGCUCUGAUUUUCGCCAAGCGGUUGCGCGCUCUCAGCGCCAUGGUGACCGACGCUCGGACCUUCCUUCGGCUGUGGGGGUUGCUGAAUAUGUAUUUCUGGCUCCGUCGCCUCGUGGCUAAGAAGACGCAGGGAGACGUGGAGAAGGAGGCCGAGAAAAAGACGGAUAAGCUCGAGACGGCUAUCUCCUGGUUCCAGCUGUCUACGUGCAUUAUCUUCCAAGCUCUCGAGAACGGCGCAUACCUCUCCUCUAAAGGCGUCCUGGGCUGGACCCCCGCUACUCAACGCCGUGCUUCGCUCUGGAGCGCGCGGUUCUGGGCUGCGUUCGUGGGCGCCGAGGUCGGGCGUCUGCUGUAUGAGAACCGUAAGCGCGGGCAGCGGACUCGCGCCGAGAAGUUCGCUGACGGGAAGACGGCGUCAGAUGUCCAGGCCGAGGAGACCGAGUGGGCUGCUACCUGGCGCAAGACCCUCCUUCGCAACCUCGCUUGGGCCCCGCUUACACUCCACUGGAGCUCCGAGACAGGACUUCUGAGCGAGACGGCGGUGGGGGCCCUGGCUUGUGUGCCGGGGGUUAUACAGAUGAGAGAUUUGUGGAGGAGGACUGCUGCUGAGUAGACACAUUUUUACUCGCAUGGGAAGAUGCUAGUCGUUUUAUAUAGGGCGUGAUCUGUCCAGAUUCGUUUGGGUGGCAGUGUAGGUUACGGAAGGGCAAUAUUGCCGUUGCUACUUUCUCUUUAUUUUUGUUGCGUGGGGAGAUAGCUUAUGGGGGUAUGACGACGGAGACGUUGCGAUGAAAAAAAAAGCAAGGGCAAUGAAUGACUUGAGCGUGUAUUGGGAUUUAAUGGGCUUUUCGUCUGCUCUCAAUGUCGAUUGAUCUAUGAAGAUGUUAUAGCGUGCGUAGAUCCGAAUACAUAUAAUACAAGAAAAUAGAAUCUAAACCUGCAUUUUACUCCAGUUGUUCUGGCUAAGAUCUCGGGAUAUUAAUAACCUUUAUCGAAU